AUGAAUCAACAUUUAUGGUUCAUGCUGUUUUUGUUGACUAUAUUUGUACUUUCGACAGAGGGUGCCUUGGGUGACAGGGAAUACUUGAUGAGAGCCGCUUGUCAACGUAAUCCCGGCUUGUCCAUAUGUCCGAAGACAAAAGACGUUCCACUCGUUGAGCCUCCAGCAAUACCAGACGUGCCACAAAGGGAUCACGGAAGGCCAUCACGAACAUUACGUGCACGCGAUGACCUUGCUGAGCUCAAUAAGCGAAUUUUAGAGCAGACAAAAGAGGGCGGCGGUGACGAAGAGCUACGAGCAAAAUGUCUUCGGAUUGCACCUAUCGCUCAGAAGCACUGUGAGAAGUCUGCGCUGACAAAAUCCAACGUUCGGCGAUGUGCCUCCUACUUCAAGGACUGCUACAGAUAUCUUGAAAAAGCUGAUCCAUUAUACUCCAUAGCAAAUGCAUUUAGUUCUGCGGUCAAUCUCAAUUUUGCCACUGUCGACGUAAAUGGAAUCCCUCAUUAUCCGAUCAACGAGGAAGGUGGAGUUGGAGUAGGAGUGCACGCAAAUAUUCCUUUCGGAUCAUGGGGUGGUGGCUACUCUGAUCAUGUCGGGGUUCGCGACUAUUGGUCUCAAAACCAGGAAGUCGGUGCCAAUUGGUACGAGGGAAAGUAUGGAUAUAAAAAUCACUGGUCAGUCCCGUUGGUUCAAUCGCUUGGAAUAGAAGGAGGACAGCACAACACCGUCUCUGUUCCUCUGACAAAAAAAGAUUUAGGCAAGGUUAUGGUCGACAACGGAUAUGGCGUUGGCGGCUAUUAUGGACACAAUGAUCAUGUGGGAAUAGAUUGGAAAAAAGGAGAUGUGGCGCACAAUUUCGGGGUCGCAUCUCCAUUCGUUGGUGCUGGAUUCAACACGGGACAAGCGGUCACAUUCCCAAGUCUGGAAACGUUCAUGAAUGCUGGCAAAAAGUGAUCUCCCCUGCUAGUUCUGUUUCAUCUACUUUUAUGUACAUACUUGAACAAAUCUCAAACUCUAUAAUCUGGUACAGUUCGGGCAAACAAUAAAAAUUCAAGAGUC